AUGACUGGACGCGGCAAGGGCGGCAAGGGUCUUGGUAAGGGUGGUGCCAAGCGCCACCGCAAGAUCUUGCGUGACAAUAUCCAGGGUAUCACCAAGCCCGCUAUCCGUCGUCUCGCUCGUCGUGGCGGUGUCAAGCGUAUCUCUGCCAUCGCUAACAGGCCGCUAGUGAUCUACGAGGAGACCCGCGGUGUCCUCAAGUCCUUCCUCGAGUCGGUCAUCCGUGAUGCCGUCACCUACACUGAGCACGCCAAGCGGAAGACCGUCACCUCCCUCGACGUCGUCUACGCCCUCAAGCGCCAGGGCCGUACCCUGUACGGUUUCGGUGGCUAA